GUCACGUUUACUAAACACGUAGCCAUCGGGAAAACAAGUCAAAACAAUGAGGCUGCUGCUAUUGUUUUUGGUUUCCACAAUGGAACUUUGAUCAGCAGAAGACAAAAAUCUGCUGCAAUAUUUUUUUUAGGUCUAAUGUUUAUAUACACAUACAAAGACGAGGCUUUUUACUCGUGCAAAUUCUAUUUCAAUGGAAUGUGUAAACCUUUGUUGUUGGCAGGAGCUUGAAUGUACAAUUCAAAUUCGCACCACUUGCAGGGAAUAAGGAGCCUAAUUUUGUCGUCGUUUGCCAAUAAGGCGUAAAGGUAGCCUUUAAUCAAUGAAAUCAAUGAUUGCUGUUGGUUUAUUGGAUUAUGCGGGAAUGAUGCUGUUGUUAAUUUUACUGCAACUCUCUAUGUGUGGAGCAACUGGAGCAGACACCGACGGAGAAGCAACUGUGUGUACAUCCAAUGCCUGUUUCUCUUUUCACAUGGAGGGAGUCAGCUUUGAAGACGCUCGAUUGAAAUGCCAUGGUGACGGAGGUUACUUGGUAACAACUAAAGACAAAAGCGAGAUAGCAGAACUUCAGUCAACCCUUUCGCAGAUCGACGAAAGACAUCGCUAUUUGGACUUCAAAUUUUGGAUCGGUUUGAAAUUGCGUAAAGGCGAUUGCAUUAUAAGGGACAUGAGUCUCAACGGUUUUAAGUGGAUAUCUGGAGGGGAAUAUUCCCAAUAUUCGAACUGGGAGAAGGAACCUCGCAGCACCUGCACAGAGGAGCGUUGCGUGUUGGUACAUUAUUCUUUAUGGAGUCGCAAUGAAUUGAAAUGGACGGAUGGAUCUUGCAAAGACGAGGCUUUUUACUCGUGCAGAUUCUAUUUCAAGGGAAUGUGUAAACCUUUGUUGUUGGCAGGAGGAGAGCAAGUGAAUUACAUGCUCCCAUUCUCAGCAAAUCCAUUAAAUGGGGAUAAUAACAUGACUGCAUUCCCAUUUGGAACAUAUGCUGAUAUAAGUUGCAAUGACACUGAUCACUUUUCUAUUUGUAAAUUAACGGAUGGUGUCUAUGGUUGGACUCUCCCUGGUCCGUUUUGCGGCUCAAAUAAACAGAACUGUGGAUAUAAAAACGGCGGAUGUGAUCAUUUGUGCGUUGAUAGUGACGCUGGUGGUGUCCGUUGUGAAUGCAAGGACGGUUAUGUGUUAGGACAGGACAGAGUAUCAUGUGGCCUAAAGGAAUAUUGCCACAGUUCUCCAUGUCAGCACCAAUGUGUAACAGGACCGACGGGCUUCUCGUGCGUAUGCCCAAACGGCUUCCAAUUGGAUAAAGACCAAUUUGGUUGUAUUGAUGUUGAUGAAUGCCAUAUUAAUGCCUGCCAUGGUCAUCAUUGCAUCAAUACCCAAGGUAGUUACACAUGUAGGUGCAAGGGAGGCUACACAAUGGAUCAGGGCAAAUGCCACGAUAUAGACGAGUGCACGGAAUCUAGAUGUCCCCAAAUAUGUCUUAACUCUGAAGGAUCCUUCUCCUGCCAUUGCAUCGCGGGGUUCACUGUGUCUGAGGACGGCAAUACUUGUAUAGACAUAGACGAAUGCUUCAGUAAUCGAUGCGAGGACAAAUGCACUAAUACCAUUGGUAGUUUCAGGUGUUCUUGCCAUCAGAACUUCCGGUUACACCCUAAUGGAAUGACCUGCAUUCGAGAUGUGACUGUUGUCUCCACUGCGGAGACGUCAAGUGAUCAUAGAGACACUGACCAACACGACGAGACCAUGGACACUAUAACCAUAUCGCCGGUUGAAUAAAAGAGAGACUCAGUUCACCCACGGACCAUCUCAAGACACUAUUAGGCACGACAUUACGCACGAAAUUACGCAUGACAUUACGCACGACAUUACGCAGCAUAGUCCGUCCAGCAAAACCAUUGGAAUGAGUG